UUUCCCGUCGCCCUCCUUGCAUCCCUUUCUCCCCCGGCUUCCCUCCGCCCGCCGUCCCUGUCUGCGGGAAUCCACUUCAAUUCAGCCACACCGCAAUGCUGCUGCUGCCCAACACUUCUGCAUAAAAGCAACCGCGGCCGCCCGGGCACCCCCGUCCCCUUUCCUCCCUUGCUUCCUCCUCCUCCGUCGAGCUACAACUUCUCAACCCCACCUCGUAGCUCCUCACCGCAGCUCCAGCGCCAGCAGGCUGCAGCUGCAAGUGUGUGUGUGUGUGUGGCUGUGCUCUGCUCUCUGCUCCCCUCAAGCAAGGAUUCCAAGCUCUGGAGACGAACGAGGAAGCUUCUACCUAGUACCUACUAGGAGUGCGUGCGCUCUGCUUGGACAGAAAAGUGAUUAAUUGGCCAUCGAUGUUUGUGGCAAUCUGAGCGAUGAACCAGUUCGUGCCUGAUUGGAGCAACAUGGGAGACACCUCCAGGCCGCUCGGCGAAGACGAUGACCUCAUCGAGCUGCUCUGGUGCAACGGCCAUGUCGUCAUGCAGAGCCAGAACAACCGGAAGCUACCGCCGAGGCCCGAGAAGGCGGCGGCGGGGGCGGCAGCUCCAGCCCCCGCGCCGGCGCCGCAAGACGACGAGGCCGGCCUCUGGUUCCCGUUCGCGCUGGCCGACUCGCUCGACAAGGACAUCUUCUCGGAGUUCUUCUGUGAAGCACCGCCGCCGCCGCCGCCGCCGGCUCCGGUGCCCGCAACCACGGACGUCGAGGCCGGCAAGCCCUGCCGGGACGACGACGUGCCGUUGGAGGACGACUGCGGGCGCGUCGGGGCGUGCGCGGUGUCCGAUGCCCCGUGCGACCUGAUGCCGCCGCCCAAGUCGACGCACGUGUCGGGAUCCAGGCAGCAGACGAUGAGCCUGGCGGACAGCGGCGACAACGCCGGCGACCUCUCGGACCUCGUCCGCGCGGGCAGCGCGGGGAAGGCGGCGGUGGAGGCCGGCGCGUCGUCGAUGCUGAGCGCGAUCGGGUCCAGCAUCUGCGGGAGCAACCAGGUGCUGGUGCAGCGCGCGGUGAGCGCGCCGGGGCGCGCGUCCGGCGCCGCCCGCGGCGGCGGCUGCGGAGGGGGAUGCUCCGGCAGCGCGCUGCCGUCGGCGAUGGGGAGCGCGAACGCCAACGCCAGCGGCAGGGGCAACGAGGCCACGGUGGCGUCCUCGUCGGGGCGGUCCAACUACUGCUUCGGCACCACCACCACCACCGAGCCGACGAGCACCAGCAACCGGAGCAGCAAGCGCAAGCGGCUCGACACCGAGGACUCGGAGAGCCCCAGCGAGGACGCCGAGUCGGAGUCCGCCGCGAUGCUGGCGCGCAAGCUGCCGCAGAAGCUGACGACGGCGCGGAGGAGCCGCGCCGCCGAGGUGCACAACCUCUCCGAGAGGAGGAGACGAGACAGGAUCAACGAGAAGAUGAGAGCCCUGCAAGAGCUCAUACCUCACUGCAACAAGACCGACAAGGCGUCAAUGCUGGACGAGGCCAUCGAGUACCUCAAGUCGCUGCAGCUGCAGGUGCAGAUGAUGUGGAUGGGCAGCGGCAUCGCGGCGCCGCCGGUGAUGUUCCCCGGCGUGCACCAGUACCUGCCGCGGAUGGGCGUCGGGAUGGGCGCCGCGGCGAUGCCAUCCAUGCCGCGGAUGCCGUUCAUGGCCCCGCAGCCGGUGGUGCCCAACGCGCCCGUCAACCCCGUCCCGCUCUCGCCGGGCUACCGGGGGCACAUGCCGGCGGUGGGCAUCACCGAGCCCUACGCGCACUACCUCGGCGUCAACCACCUCCAGCCGACGCCGUCCCAGCAUUUCGCGCAGGGCGUGGGAUACUACCCGCUGGGGGCGAAGGCCGCCGUGCAGCAGAAUCCGGCGAUCCACCACGUGCCGGGCGGCGGCAUGCCGGCCGCCGCCGCCGCCGCGCCCGGGGCGCUGCCCCCUGAAAGCGCUCCGAGCAGAGGACCAGGUACAAUGCCCACGGCUCUGCUCUCCUGACAAGAGCUGGAAAUCAUCUGCUAGCAUGUUACAUUUCGCAGUUCAAUUUUCCACGGUGAACUGAAAAUGAAAGAUGUGUCCAAGUUGGGUUUUCUACUGCAUACUCCAUAGGCGUAAAGGUCUGAAGGACAAUAAAGCUAUAUGUGCAGAGGGGAAAAAAUGAAAGAAAAUGAUGUGCUGGGAAAAGGAACUUGGCUUUUCAGAGUUCAGCCCAAUGAUUAGCAGCACAAUGGAGAGGAAGGUUCUGCGAAGGGAUUCGCUAAAGCUUUUUUCACGUAGUGGAGUAGUACCGAAAGUCACAUAGCUCGCUUUUUUCAGUCCUAACAGGAUCUGAAAAGGUGUCUAUACAACAGAAACAGCGAGUUAGUAAAAGGUCUACUUUGUACUCCCUUAUGGAAGCAGUACAAGAUGGACAUUAUAAACCAUCAGCCAGAUAGUAACCAUCUCCUUUACAUGCUCAUGCUAGGUCAGGAAUACCCAGUGGUACCACAUGAAAACUACGUAACGUCUGACCCUUUGCCAAUGAAAUUCGGUAAUGAAAAGAAAAAUCUGAUGCAAUUGGACAAGAUAAGAUUGGGAUGUUACAGUAGAGUCCUUUUCUACUUAUUC